AUGUCUCAAUCUAAGCCGGUGCUCCCACAAAACGACAAUGUCGCCCAUGCCCUUGCGGGUGCGGGUGGCGGUAUCUUGUCGAUGGCUCUGACUUACCCCCUUAUCACGCUCUCUACACGUGCCCAAGUCGAGUCUAAGCGCGCCGAGACCGCCUUCCUGGCCGCAGUCCAGCACAUCAUUGCGCGUGAGGGUGUCUCUGGUCUCUACUCGGGCCUCUCCUCAGCCCUGUUCGGAAUCAGCGUCACCAACUUUGUGUACUACUACUGGUACGAGUGGACGCGCGCCUUCUUCGAGGCCGCUGCCGUCCGCGCAGGGCGCGCCUCCAAGAAGCUGACCACCGUCGAGAGCAUGAUCGCGGGUGCGAUCGCCGGUUCCGCGACGGUCAUCCUGACCAACCCCAUCUGGGUCGUCAACACCCGCAUGACGGCCCGCCGCAACACCGGCGAAGCCGAGAAGCCCAGCGACACCAAGGAGGGCCAGGACGCCACCCUCCCCUCCCCCGUUAGCGCACCCAGCACCGAGAAGAAGCAGAAGCGCCCCAGCACCCUGGCCACGCUCCUCGAUCUCCUCAAGACCGAAGGCCCGCAGGCCCUCUUCGCCGGCGUCGUGCCCGCGCUGGUGCUCGUGAUCAACCCGAUCCUGCAGUACACCCUGUUCGAGCAGAUGAAGAACGCCGUCGAGCGGCGCCGGCGCGUGACCCCGACGGUCGCCUUCUUCUUGGGCGCUGUCGGCAAGCUGUUUGCCACGUCCAUCACAUACCCGUAUAUCACCGUCAAGAGCCAGAUGCACGUCGCCAAGGCGGGCGAUAAGAAGGAGGGCGUUACCGAGGCGCUGAAGCGGGUUAUCCGGGAGGAAGGGUAUGCCGGGCUGUACAAGGGUAUCGGCCCCAAGGUCACCCAGAGUGUUCUGACCGCCGCGUUCCUCUUCGCCUUCAAGGAUGUGCUCUACGAGCAAACCGUACGUCUUCGCGGCACCGUGGCCAAGAAGGCCAUCGCCGCUUAA